AUAAGCGUAGACUCUCUUAUAUUACACCAACCACUCUUUUUCCUCCAUCCACAGAACCAAAAUCCUUAAAGCUUGAUUCUGAUUUGAGGAUGCUUCUCUGAUAUCUUUUCUCUCCAAAAUCAAAAUCUGUUCAACCCUUUUCCUCCUCAGAUUCUCACCUUUUUUCUAAGUAUCUAUCUAACUUUUGUGAUCAAAACCUUCACAUCCACAAAUGUUUUUCUCAAAGAAUGGCCAUAGAUUCUUCAAAUUCAGAAACCAGGUUUCAAGCCCUUGUCUCAUACAUGAUCUUUUCAUUUUCUGAUAACCUUUUCAUCCUCAUCCAAGCCUCCUCCUCCACAAAUAUCUUCAACCAAAGCUCUCAUUAGCCUUUUGGCUCACAAAUCACAAUCUUUGGUGUGACCUUAUUGCCGAACACACCCCAUCAUUGCUAUUCUUUAAUCCAUACACAGUUUCCUUUGUCUUGCUUCAAAAAUAUCUCUCUAGUGGCACCUCUUUCUGCUGCCACUGCAACUCCUAUUUAAUCUAAGUUCUUCAUCCUAAGGUUGCUGGUAGUCCACACCAAUGGUUCACAAGCACUUCUACGAGCUUUCAUGUGGCGUUGUUGAAAUGGCUUGGAUCAUGCUCAGUGUUGACUACUCACGGCUCUUGUGGCAAUUGUUUGGUGUCUUUUCCUACGAGAACCACGAAUGGAAGCCUCGGAUCUUCUAGCAUAAACCUUCAGUUAAGUCACAAAAACAUAGAUACAUAUAUAGUAUUACUUAAUUUGUUGCUAAGUUUUCGAUAAAAGUAGCUGUGUAAGUGUAGAACACACGUCCUGGUUAAAUCAAAAGUGUGUUGAUUGAUCGAGCCACAUCAGGAACCAUGUACAAGGGUAGAUUAGGAGGAAAAGCUCAUCUUGGAUAUGUUGAAACUGACCCUUCUGGUCGAUAUGGUCGUUUCAGGGACAUUCUUGGGAAAGGAGCAGUGAAGGUUGUGUAUAGGGCAUUUGAUGAAGUCCUUGGAAUAGAGGUGGCUUGGAACCAAGUUAACCUUGGUGAUGUCUUUCAUUCACCAGACCUACUUCAACGUCUUUACUCAGAGGUUCAUCUCCUCAAGAACUUGGAACAUGACUCCAUCAUGACCUUCCAUGAUUCUUGGAUUGAUGUCAAUUAUAGAACCUUCAACUUCAUCACUGAAUUGUUCACCUCUGGCACCCUAAGAGAGUACAGAAAGAAGUAUCAGAGAGUAGAUAUCAGAGCAGUGAAGAACUGGGCACGCCAGAUUCUAACUGGUUUGGAGUAUUUGCAUAGCCAUGAUCCUCCAGUGAUACAUAGAGACCUCAAGUGUGACAAUAUCUUCAUCAAUGGCCAUCUGGGGCAGGUCAAGAUUGGUGAUUUGGGCCUUGCAGCCAUUCUUCGUGGCUCCCAACAUGCACACAGUGUCAUAGGUACACCAGAAUUUAUGGCACCGGAAUUGUAUGAAGAGGAAUACAAUGAGCUGGUUGACAUAUACUCCUUUGGGAUGUGCAUGAUAGAAAUGUUUACUUCUGAGUUCCCAUACAGCGAGUGCUCCAACCCAGCUCAAAUAUACAAGAAAGUUACUUCAGGGAAGCUGCCAGAAGCCUUUUACAGAAUCCAUGACUUGGAAGCUCAGAAGUUUGUGGGAAAAUGUUUGGCAAAUGUCUCAGAGAGGUUGUCAGCAAAGGAGCUCUUGUUGGACUCAUUUUUAGCCGAGGACCAACUAGACUCUCCACUCUCUAGUCCAAUAUUACCCAGAAAACAAACCCCCACACUCAAUUUCACUGCACCACUGGCCAAAGGGCUACCACCAAUGAGCAACCAAAUAAAAGACACACACAUGACCAUCACAGGAUCAAUCAAUGAAGAGGAUGACACAAUUUUCCUUAAAGUACAAAUCUCUAACAAAAGUGGGGAAAAGAGGAAUAUAUUCUUUCCAUUUGACACCAUAAACGACACUGCAAUUGAUGUGGCAGUGGAGAUGGUUAAAGAACUUGAAAUUAGUGACUUGGAACCAUUAGAGAUUGCUGAAAUGAUUGAGGAAGAGAUAUCAGCUUUAGUCCCAACAUGGAGGGACUUGGGCACUUCUAAGUAUCAAAGACAACAUAGUUUUAGCUAUGAAGAUGAGUAUGAUAUGAGUAACCACCACUCAUACUUCUCACCAUCUUCUCGCUCUUCCUCUCAUGGUUCUUCCCACAAGCAUAAUUCCCACCUCUGUGGGAACCAUUACCCUUUUGCUCAAGAUUGGCCUCAGGAUGAACUGUUUAUGAAUGAUGAUUCGAGCUCUCAAAGCUCAAUGAACUCCUUCAAGUACUGUGACCCUGGCAAUGAAGAUGGGCAUGAUCCAACUGCAGUGCUAGGAGCAGAAGCCCUUUGCUACUCUCCAAAAGGCAACGAAAAGUGCACAAGAUUCUGUCCUCGAGAAGAAGUGAUGGAUGCUGAUUGCACCAAACAGUUUUGCAACAUGAAAAUUGAUUCUCACAGGUAUCAUGGAGUCCAGAGGCUAACCAGGAUUCGUUCCUUUGUGGAUCUAAGGAGACAACAACUGCAACGAUCACUGAUGGAAGAGAUUCACAAGAGGAGAAUCUUCAAGACGGUCGGUGCCAUUGAGAACAUUGGUUUUCAAAAUCCAGAGGGAGCUGGGAGUUUUUUAUUUUAAUUUGUUCUACUUUCUAGUGUUUGUUGAUUAUUGCAUUGCUUUAUGAAUCACAGUGUCCGUGAAUAUUUGUAUACAAUACGGACUCGUCAGAAUAUUACAGAAUAAAAGUUGUGAUAUAUUUUAAUUUA